GCACAGCAAACCGCUACCGGCGGGCGCGACGACGGUUUUUCAUCUUGUCAGUCAGCCUUCCUGCUCCCACGAGAGCGGGUCGAUCGGCCUCAUUUUUCCUCACGUUUCCCAACGCGGCGGAUCUUAUCUAUACGAGGAGCCGUCCGUCGCUGAAUGAUGAAGUGCCGCGUGACGAGCCAUGCCCCGACGAUGGUGCGCAUCGCCCUCAUCGUCGGGGUGGCGGUGGUGCACGCGUCGCCGGCCGAGCCCUUGCCCUCCAGCCUGCUCGACGGAAUCGGUAACGUCGCGAAUACCGCAACCAAUUUCCUAACGGGAGUCGUGCAACGGCAAAAAGAACUAUUGCAUCGCGUUACGGACACUGCCGCGGACUACAUAACCAGCGCGGUGGAGAAGCCAAGGAAUUUAUUGCUCAACGCCACCAGGGUGACGACUGGAUAUAUCGACAGCGCGGCUUCGAGGGGUCUCGAGUUCAAGUUGAAAAGAUUCCUCGAGAAAUUCCGCACGCGGAUGCGCAAUGGUAUCUCAGAGCUGGGUAUCCCUCCGCUGGAGCCAUUCACUCUCGACGAGAUCGACAUCGACACGGAGAAUCCAGAAAUCGGAAAAAUAUCCUUAGUUAUCGAGAAUCUGGAAAUGAGGAACCUAUCGACUUUCCUGAUUGAUCGAGCCAAGCUAUCGCUAAUCGGCCCUACCAUCACCAUCAACAUCUCCAUACCCGAGAUUUACGCGUCGGGUCAUUACAACAUUUCCGGGAUACUGGGCGAUACGUACCCGCUGCGCGGCGCGGGCUCUUUCCAAACGACCAUACGUGACUUCCGCGUUUACGUGAACACCGUGCUGGGCUACGCGAGAGGAAUGUACAUGAAGAGAUUCGACCUCGACUUCUCGCUGCGCAGCAUCAAGAUACACUUGGAGAACUUUAUGGGCGGCGACGAGAUCGGACAAAUUAUGAGCAAGGUCUUCGAAGAUUUGACGCCGGAAGCGCUGGACAUUAUUAAACCGGACAUCUUGCCCCCGAUUCAGGAUUACGUGGCGAGCCACGUGAACGAGACGAUUCAUCAUCUGACUAUGCGGGAUCUGUUUCACGUCCUUGUGGGAGAAUACGAGUUCGGUGAUAUCACGCACCUGCUGAUACCCUGAGGAGGACGGCCCGCACGUAACCGAAAUGCAUUCGCCGAACCGAAAUUAUCGGAUCGGCGCAGUUACGAGCGCAACAGCACGAGCUUAAUGUGUCCGACAAUGCCUGAAUGUCUUCGUUCAAGGCGCAAGGGAUCGAUUCGCCAACCGAGGUACAAUGCACCGCGUUGCGAGUGGAAACGAACAAUGGCCGCGACGACAAUAAAACGCGCGACAAGCCGGAGUUGAUUUUAAAGUCAGCUUUUGUAUUGCGUAAUACGCGUUGACCACUCGAAGGUCUCUUUAACUACCUUGCCUGAUGCUCACCUUCGAUUACCCAUUGUCUUGCCGCAGAAGGAUUGUUUUAUACGCAACGGUGCGAGUUAUUAAUUGCCUUUCGUUCAUUUCUCUCUCUCUCUCUCUCUCUCUUUCUCUCUCUGUUUAUAUUUAAGUUACGUUAAAUUUAUUUAUUUCCGAAAAUCCUUUUCGCGUAAGAUAAUCAAUAUUUGUCCGCGUGUAUUUAAAGAUUUAAAAAUGUUGGAUUGUAUAACGCACUGCUCGUUAAAGAAAUUAAGAAAUUAGUUUACGCUUAGAGAUUGUAUACGUAUACGCGAUUUGCAUGAUUCAACUAUAUACAGUAACUCAUCUCGUUAGCAUCCGCUUGGAAACCCGUAAUUCCGUGCGAAGGCGCAUCGUAAGGCUUCCCCGUCGCCCGCCGCGAGUGCAUCAGUGAAAGAGGCAGAAAUGUUUAAUUCAUCGAAUCGCUCGUCGGUGAAUCCCGGCGCAUCUCUAAUCCGCUGAUAAACGGCGAGCGAAAGUAUUACGACCUUGAACGGCGACGUCGUCGAAAUCUUCGGCGUUGUGCAAUCGACGCCGGCCAUUCAUCCACUUGGGCGGCGGUGAUCAAUGAUGAACGAGACCGGGGACCGUGGCGAGAGGUGAUUUUUACAGUGAUGAAAACUAUAUACAGUAAAAAUGGCUCGUCAUUCUUUUCGAAACUGUUUGUACAGGAUAAGGCACUCGAACCUUUUAGCGUGUGACAUACGUGGCAUCAAUUUUCAUUCGUUGCCGUGUAUGCUGUAUAAAAUAAAUUUCGAAAGUCAAAAGGUUAAAAUUGAUUUUAAAAAACUAUGGAAAAUUUUGCGCUUAAUUAUCUCACUUCAUUCCUUUUUUUAUAGAUAAACGUAAUAUCAAUAAUUUUUAACUUACAAUCUGAUAACAAGAUAAUAAUUAAUUGGUAAUAAUAGAUAUGCGUAUAAAUAUCUAUAAUUUUCUGGACGACUAUAAUUAAAAGAGUUUUCAAAUACUCUCUUUUGUAAAUAUCCCAAAUAUAGAAAAGAAUUUUUCUAAAAUUUGACAUUUAUUGAAUAAAGGUAUUUAAUUGCACGAAAUUUCAUAGAUUUGAAAGCACUAUAUGUAUGAUAGUUUCUAUUUGAAUAUUAUUCUCUGCUUUUAAUUUGCAAUGACCAAAGAGAUAAUCUUUUAUAAUAUAAAUUGAUUAUACAGGGGUGGCCUCAAAUGUUUUGGCCAGACUUUGAGAUCUUAUUUAAUUCUGAAAAAUUUAAUUGUGAACAAAAAGUUUCCAAUAAAUAUGGGUCGAAAGAAGUGCUUCCUUAAAGAGUUAUCGUCCAAGAACUUCACGAUUAUUUUAUGCAUUUUCACAAAUAUCAUGGAAAAUACGCGUCUUUUACAAAAAACCUUAAAACGUAUGUCGUAAAAAAUUAAAUUAUUUUUUCAAUGGAAUCAAAAUAAAUGUGAUAUGUUUCAUAAGUUUUGAAAUAAUAAUUUAAAAUGUUUUAAGGAAGCAUUUUUGACCCGUAUAUGUUUAUAUCAGAAUUAAAUUUCCUACAAAAUCUCAAAGUCUGAUCAAAACGUUCGAAACCACCCUGUAUAUUGCAUAGAAAAAUAAUUUGUAAAUUUAUAUACAUUGUUUCAAUUUUAAAAAUUAAAAUAAUUAAACGUCACACACAUCUGAAGUGAUUUAAAGAAUAUCAAAAUAAUUUUUCUUUUUUUUCUUCAAUUAUUUAUUCAAUUAUUCCGAUUAUCAAAAAUGUCAGUCAUUUGCAAUGAUUAGCAGGUGCGAGCUAUUUUUGUUUUAGCUUUUGAAUUUCCGGCUGUAAAGUACAAUAUAUAAACCGUGUACAAAAUAUAAUACGUAGCGGCACGUAUAUAGUUUGCCAAAACAUCGUACACUAUUAAGUUAAUUGUUAUACCGUAUACAUUAUACUAAAUGCAGUAUGCGCCAUAAACGUCGGUUAGGAUUAUAAUUAUAGAGGAGCGUGUAUGAUAAUAGAAUUAAUGUUGAUGUUUUGUUAACUGUUAUAAGAUAAUCUAGGUGAUAAAUGUGUACAUCGUAAAUGGAACCGCAUCAUUUACCGAUCAAGAUUAUUGCAAUUUGUAACAAUCAUAAAAUUUAUUGAAUAUUUAUGAUGUACGGUUUUGCGCGUGUGUCGAAUCGCAUUCGUGAAACUUUGUCGCAGUAACGAUUUUACGAUUAAUCGUUUCUACGUGAACACGAAUUAAUUAAAGAAAUAAUUUAUUUUUCCGAUACUCGCUUUUGUCCGUCGAGAUAACGCGCAUAAUAAUUUAUUGUUAGACCGUCGAACGGAAAUCUGAGAGUAAGCGAUUCUUUUAAAUAAUUCAAAACUUUUAAAUUAUUUACUCAAAUUUCUCUUUGAUGGUAAAAUACAAUCGAUUGUAUCUCGUCCGUAUAUUGAUCUUGUUAAAAAUUUUACAAUAAAUCAAAGGUUGCAAUUGUCAGCCCGGCCGUUAAAUAAA